AUGGAUCUAAUGUAUAUUUGUCAAAUUUGCAAUUUAAUACUACGAGAUCCUGUUCAACUUUAUUGUGGUCAUCGCUUUUGUGAAUCAUGUAUAGACGUUAAAGAAAGAGGAUUUAUUAAAUGUUAUCAAUGUGAACAAGUAACAUCGACAAGUAAAAUAUUUUCUGAUCGAGGUAUGAAAAAUGGCAUGCAAAUGUUACGUAUAUGUUGUUUUCUUUGUCAUUGGAAUGGUUUAUUUAAAAAUUAUGAAAAUCAUUUGACUAAAAAUCAUUCAACUAAUCAAAGUGUUAACAAUAAUAUAACAUUUCAAAUACUACAAUCAACAGAAAAAACCUAUGAAUAUUCAAAGAAAGUAAAAAUAUUUAAACCUAGUACAGAACAAAUUUUAUCUCAAACAUCAACAAAUCAAUUAAGUAUUGAAGAAACAAAUCCUCCAGAAGAAAUUUUUCAACAAAAAAUUGAUUUUAUUAUCUCAUAUGAUGGUAGAUUAUUCUGGAAAAUUGAUAAUAUAAAAGAUCAAUUAAAUGACAUGAAAUCUAUGAUAACUUCACCACCAUUUUAUACAUCACUAGAUGGUUACAAAAUGUGUAUUCGACUUUAUAUAAAUGGUAAUGGUAUUGGUCAAUCAACUCAUGUAUCUAUUUUUAUUGUUCUUAUGCGUGGUAAUCAUGAUGCUAUACUUGAUUGGCCAUUUAAUUAUCAAGUCAUAUUUUGUCUUUAUGAUUUAAUUAAUCGAAAUAAUCAUAUCAUCGAAUCAUUUCAAUCUAAUAUCAAAUCCAUAUGUUUUCAGCGACCACAAUCGGAAAUGAAUAUAGGAUAUGGAAUUUCUAAAUUUAUUCCAAGAUCAAUCAUUCAACAAGAUAAUAAUUGUUAUAUAUGUGAUGAUUCAAUCUAUAUUAAAGUAAUGAUUAGGAAAAAUCCUAUACCAACAUUCAUCGUACCUUAUAUUAUGAAUAUUAAUCCUGCAUUACCAACACAUAUACAAGAAGACAUUAUUGAAAAAGAGAUUCAAAAAACUAAAAUACAACCAUUGAAACUUAUACUAAAACUAAAAUCAUCAUCGAUAUGA